UGCAUUCUGGUUUCCUGUUUUAUCGCGUUUCCAUUUCAGUUUUAAUUACAAGAAUAAAUACGGAACCCUAAUAAAAAGCAGAUGCGGGUGCUGGAUCACAAUUGUAAACGGACCCUAAUGGGAUGCAGAUUACCCUAGCGGUAAUUCUACAAGUCGCUCUAGUAACGGGAAAGGCGUUAAUACAACAAAAUCAACAAGCACAGCAGCAGUUGGAGCCGAAAGAUCAAAAUGUACAAGCAGCACAGAAACGCAUCGGGUACGACUACCCCGCGCCUCCCGGCGAUCUGGUGAACCCUUUCCAAGAACACGGGGACCUCGGCCACGACGGGUUCGACCACGACGACCACGACCACCACGACCACCACGACCACCACGACCACCACGACCACCACGACGAGCACGAGCACCACGACUUCCACGACCACCACGAGGAGCACCACGUCGAGGAACACCACGAGGAACACUACGACCAUCACGACCAUCACGACCCAGGAUACUGGAAAAAGAAAUUGAUCUGGAAACCCGGAUGGAAGAAAAUAUGGAAACCGGCAAAGAAACAAAUAUGGAAGCCUUCAUGGAAAAAGAUUUGGAAACCCGUUUGGGUACCGACCAAAAUUCCGGUAUGGAAGGAAAUCAAAGUACCGGACUGGAAAAAAAUCUACAAGCCUGAGUGGAAGCCCAUAAAGGUUCCCGCGUGGAAGGAAGUGAAAGUUCCGGAUUGGAAAAAGAUUACCGUCCCUGUAUAUAAAGACAUAGUUAUACCAGGGUGGAAGGAAAUACAAAUACCGGCAUGGAAAAAGAUUUGGGUACCGGAAUGGGUUAAAGUCGGUGUUCCCGGCGAGAAGUAUUUAGGCAAGGAUCACGACGGAUGGGAAUACACGUCACAUGAUUUGUGGAAAAAGAAACUCGUCUGGAAACCAGUGUGGAAGAAAUACUGGAAGCCGGGUAAGAAGCAAAUCUGGAUUCCGGACAAGAAAUUGGUAUGGAAAGACGAAUGGAAGCAGAUCUGGAAGACGGAAAAGAAACAGAUCUGGAUCGAUGACAAGAAAUUAGUUUGGAAAGAAGCCUGGCAACAGAUAUGGAAGCCAUCAAAGAAACUUAUAUGGGUGCCUGACAAGAAAUUGGAGUGGAAGGAAGCCUGGAAACAGAUCUGGAUUCCCGACUGGAAGCAAAUAUGGGUACCGGGAGUGAAAAAGAUUUGGAAGCCUGUAUGGAUAUCCGAGUGGUUCCCGUCACCGGACCACCACGACCACCACCACGAGUCGCACGGCUGGGACCGCAGCGACAACAACACCGCCGCCAGUCAGAAGUCGGUGGCCGUGCAGCCGGCGCCGCAGCAGCCCGCGCCCAAGCCGCCGCAACAGUCCACGUGGCAGUUCCCCAAAUAACCUAAUAUUAAGCACCCGUUGAGAUUGUUAAUUGUUGUACAUAUAGGACAGAAACGUGAGAGUCUGAAUGUCGUGUAAACGGUCAUCUUGAAACCGGAGAGGCGAGUCUUGUUUUCUUACUCAAGACUGUAUUGAAUAUUGAGGCGAGACUACUCCAGAGUAACAAGGAAUCGCACCGCACUGCAUUUAUAGGUAAAUUAUUUUGAAUUAUUGAUAAUUGUAGUACAUAUAUGUACUUAUGUCUGAUAACAUAUAAGUGCAAAGCGAAAAUGUGGUGCGAUGCGAUUGCUAGUAUUUUGCAGGAUAACCGGCUCUGUGUAAGACGUCGGUCGUCACUGAGACAAGCUUUAACUCGUCAUUAAACAGUCAUUGUAAGUAAUACUCGUAAGUUACCAUAUGAAUAAGUCUGAGUAGUGCGCAUAGGUGCUGUUAUUGUUAUUAGCCAUAUCUAGUUCACGUCUGGGACUAGAUACCUACCCACUGAUGCAUGUGUUUUGUUGUUUCGUAUUAUUAAGUUUAAUUUUAUAAUUGUUAUAAAUAUAGCGAAACCAAUGAUUUA